GGAAAUCAGAACCUCUCUUAUUUUAGAAAUCUACGGAAAGGAAAACUAGAUCCAAGAUGCAUUCCCACCUCCACACACCCUACAAUGCCAAUUGCGAAGCAAUCAUGACGGCGUUGGACGAAUGCCACGCCAAGGGCUUCCUGCACAAGGCCCUCGGAAACUGCAACGAUAUCAAGCGCGACGUGAACAAGUGUCUGGCCGCGGAGCGGUACGAGCGGGCCAAGCGGAACCGCGAUGCGGCGAGGGAGAACCGGAAGCGAAUCGAGAAGAUCUGGGCGGAUGAGAAGGCCUUUGAGCAGGGAUUCUCGUCUACGCCUUCGGGUGUUGGGGCUGAGAAGAAGGAUUAGGUUUGGUUGGUGAUGGUGGAGGGCUGUAUUGUAUGUUGAUUGAUUGCAUUGCUGUGUUGGAUGGCGGAUGGCGUUUUGGGAUCUUCUCUUCUCUUCUUUGUUCUUUUCUUUCCCUCUCUUUUGGGUCUAUGAGUGAGUUGUAUGAUUAGAUGGGGGGUGU